UUGUUCAGUCUUUUUUCGUUCGUCAACUUGAGCAUAGCUGGCUAUGUUCUCAAGGAUGACUACAACUCUGCAUCAUUUUUCAACAUGUUUGACUUCUUUACAGAAGCGGACCCAACCCAUGGUUUCGUCCAGUAUAUUGACCAGGGCUCAGCAUGGAACACCGGCCUCAUCAGCAACUCGAACGGGAAGGUCUACAUUGGAGUCGAUCACACCAAUGUCCAACCCAACGGACGUCCCAGUAUCCGUUUGACUAGCAAAGCAGCCUACAACUCCGGCAGUCUUGUCAUCCUUGACCUCGACCACAUGCCUGGUAACUCUUGCGGUUCCUGGCCUGCGUACUGGAUGGUUGGACCUAGCUGGCCUAACGGUGGUGAGAUCGAUAUCAUCGAGGGUGUGAACACGCAAAAUCACAAUGCCAUGACAUUGCACACGGCAGACGGCUGUUCCAUCUACGACAAUGGCAACUUCACUGGAUCUCUUUACUCCGAUGACUGUUACGUCAACGCAGCGGACCAGACCAACAACCUCGGUUGCCAAAUCUCCACGAGUCAAUACAACACCUAUGGUGAUGGGUUCAACAAUGUUGGAGGUGGUGUCUAUGCCAUGGAGUGGACCGACGAAGCGAUCAGCAUCUGGUUCUUCCAGCGUGGUACCAUUCCUUCCAACAUCCAAAGUGGCAACCCCAGCCCGGAUGCUUCUUGGGGCAGACCACUCUCCCAAUUCACAGGCUGCUGUGAUAUCCCCGAAUUUUUCUCGGACAAUCAGAUUGUUUUCGAUGUGACCUUCUGUGGCGACUGGGCCGGCAGCGUCUGGAGCAGCGACUCUACGUGUUCUGCUCUGAGCGGCUCCUGCACUGACUACGUCGCCAACAACCCUCAGGCAUUCUCCAAUGCUUAUUGGUCCAUCAACUCUCUGCAAGUCUUCGAGCAGACUGCAAAAUCUUCU